AUGUCUUCCAAUCAUACCGCUAAAACAGAGCAUAUCAUGACAGAUAAUGCGGCUCUUCGAGCAUACUACGAAUCUUGGGAUUCACGAAUCGUGUACCAAGUGAUCAUGGGCGGCACGCAGCAUUUUGGUUACUGGGAAAAGGAUACAUACUGGCCAUUUCCUCUGGGAUCCAGGCUCCGUCGCAUGGAACAAAAAUUAAUGGAGAUAUUAUCUCUUCCCAAGGGAUCUUAUAUUUUGGAUGCUGGCUGUGGGGUUGGCCACGUUGCACGAUACAUGGCCCAGCAUGGAAUGCGCAUCUUAGGCAUUGACAUAAUCGACUGGGCAAUAUCAGACGCCCGUAAUGCCGCGAAGCAGGCUGGUCUUUCAAAGGAGACGAUGUCAGUGGAGAAGAUGGACUACCAUUACCUUGAGCCCAUAUCGAGCGAAUCUUUUGACGGAGUAUACACUAUGCAAGCAUUUGGUCAUGCCGUUGAACCCAAAAAGGCAAUGAAUGGAUUCUUCCGCAUUCUAAGACCAGGUGGUAGGAUUGCAAUGGUCGAAGUUGAGCGAAAGACGGCAGCUGAGUAUGACGACCCUAACGACAGACUGACCCAAGAGUUGAAAAUGGUCAAUGACUACACAGUUAUGCCAACAAACGAGGCCGCGAGCGAAAAUUACUUCAAAAAUCUGCUAGAAGAAGCAGGCUUUGUCGAUGUUGAAGUACGCGAUUGGCAGCCAAAUAUCCUGCCUAUCCUACGGCUAUUCUAUGCUCUCGUUAUGAUUCCUUACUUUUUCUUCAGGUUGUUCGGGAACGAAAAGAGCUUUAUCAACAUGAUAUGUGCAAGAAGUGGAUACGCCGGUAGAUCAAGAUGGAGGUUUGUUGCAAUUAGUGCUACAAAACCGGGAGAGAGAAUAGAAAGCCCCAAAAACAAGUAA